CCUCAGCGGGCGGCGGUGUCGGGAUGCGGUCCGUUAGCUACGUGCAGUGCGUGGCGCUCGACUUCGGCGGCAGCCUCUUCCCGCACGCCAUUUGCCUGGGAGAUGCUGACAAUGACACGCUGAAUGAGCUAGUGGUGGGAGACACCAACGGGAAGCUCUAUGUUUACAAGAAUGAUGACAGCAAACCCUGGGCUGUGCGAUCUUGCCAAGGAAUGCUCACAUGUGUUGGCGUGGGAGAUGUGUGCAAUAAAGGAAAGAAUCUUGUGGUGGCGGUGAGUGCAGAAGGCUGGUUUCAUCUUUUUGACCUGACAUCUUCAACUUCAAAACAUCCAGAUCCUUCAGGUCACCAUGAGUUGGCAGCAGCAGAAGAGCAGAAGCCAGUGUUCAAGCAGCACAUUCCUGCCAACACCAAGGUCAUGCUGAUCAGUGACAUUGAUGGAGAUGGGAAGUGUGAAUUGGUGGUGGGUUACACUGACAGGGUGGUACGUGCCUUCCGCUGGGAGGAUUUGUCAGAGAAUUCAGACCACGUCUCUGGGCAGCUGCUGCUACUGAAGAAAUGGCUGCUAGAAGGUCAGGUGGACAGCCUCUCAGUGAACCCAGGCCCCGAUGGCUCACCGGAGAUGAUGGUGUCUCAGCCAGGCUGUGGUUACGCCAUUCUGCUGUGCACCUGGGACUCUGAGCAGCAGGCCACGACAGAGGGAAGAAACAGCUCUGCACCAAGCAGCGAGGCUCCUAUUCGAGAUGUUAUUCUACACCAAACAUCUGGACGGAUUCACAACAAGAACGUUUCCACUCAUCUAAUUGGUAGCAUUGGCCGAGGCUGCUCCAGUGAGAACAGUGGCUCAGGUCUCUUCGCUCUCUGUACUCUGGAUGGGACAUUGAAACUCAUGGAGGGAGCAGACAAGCUGCUCUGGUCUGUGCAGGUUGAUCACCAGCUGUUUGCUUUGGAAAAGCUGGAUGUUACUGGCAAUGGGCACGAGGAGGUGAUUGCCUGUGCGUGGGAUGGUCAGACGUACAUCAUCGACCACAAUCGGACUGUUGCCAGAUUUCAAGCAGAUGAGAAUGUCAGUGCAUUCUGUGCAGGCCUCUAUGCAUGCAAAGGAGGAAGCAACAGCCCCUGCCUGGUUUAUGUCAGCUUCAAUCAGAAGAUCUACAUCUACUGGGAUGUGCAGCUGGAGAGAAUGGAGUCCACCAAUCUGUUGAAAAUCCUAGAUUGUGACCCAGAGUUUGGAAGUCUCCUGCAGCAGCUGGGUGUGGAAAGAAGUGACGUUUCUGCUGUCAGAGAUUUGAUUCACAAAACACUGUAUUUUCCAGAGAAAGAAGAGCAGAGCAGCCCCUGGCAGUGUCAGGACUCUGCUGGAACAGACUCUGCUCACUACACUGUAGUCCAGGAUCCCUUAUAACAAGUCACAUGGAGGUUGAUAUCUCUAAGACCAGCAUACAGUCUUCUCCAUCUGGAAUUGGGCAUCUAAUGAAGAUGAAACUGUUCUUUUGACAUCUCUGUCAAAGCUUCCAGACAGCAAAGGCUGUACAGGCUGGGUUCUGUGGAGGGAUGUGCUUGGCUGUAGAUUGGGUGAAAGUGGUGGGUUGAUUUGCUUCUAGCUGAGGAAGCUAUCAGAACAGCAAGAGUCCAGGGUCCUGCUCCUUGGCCUUCCAUUGCCAGUUUCCAUAUUCUCUGCUAGCUAAAGUGUUUUAUGGGUGACUGUGAAGGAGCACUGAGGCCAUAGAUGGAGAGGAUAGCUCAGUCUCUGUUUUGUCCUAUUCUUACAGCUGCUUUAGCGAUUAUUUCUGAGUAGGAUCAGUGCAGGAACUGCAGAUGGAGGAGUUGAGUUAGGGAGCAGGCAAGGGCCUUCUCUCCUAUUUAGGUGUGUUUUUAAAGUAGACCCAGGCAUUGUUUGCCUUUGCUCUGCUCUUCUACUAAGCAAUUUUUCACAAACCACCUCCUGUUCUAAGGAGCUGGAGACAUGCAUAAGAAUGACAACUUGCACUAAUAAUGUGUUGAGAGUUAACAGCUGCAGUGAACCCCAGCUGUACACAAGAGGCAUUGCUUGUCUCCAUUUUCUUGAGCGGGGUGAUCCCAGAAAUUGCACUGACUUAGCAAAGCAAGUAUGAGCUGGGCAAUAAGAGGAAUCUGUCUUAACCAUGGAUCUGUGGUGCUGUGAAGGUUUGGCUAUUCAAUAAUAAUCAGUGGAAAUGCCACACUCCCCUCUUGUGGAGAAUGCCAUGCCAUUUUGAGUCCUGCACAGCUGAAAGAGGUGGGCUGGAGGUGAUGUUCCACUUGCUGGUAUACAGAGUCUGGAAAAGGCUGGUGCUCACCCAGGCUGAUGCUACACGAAGGCACAGGCAGGAAUCUUUCCUGCUGGUGUUAUGCUUUUCCCCAUCUCCACUUGCCCCUUGCCUAACUCUGCUUAUUAGGAUAGGAGCAGCAGGCUCACCUGCUGUUUUACAUCUAUUAUCUUUCACUUGUGUGAUGUUUUAUUGAACAUGCACGAUGGAUGGAGCUGUCCCUGCAUCCUUAUGGCAGUCUGAGAGGGUUUGCAUCUGAGUCUGAGCAAAUGUGAGCUCUCUUUAGCAAAUGGUGGUGUUUAAAGAUCCUGCAAGCUGUCGAAAACCUGCCGUGCUGUACUCUGCAGAACAUACAAGGGCAGCCCUAACUGGGAGAAAGAACUUUGUAUAGAGGAAAGGAGUGUCUUGCCCUCGGGUCAAAAGGAUUGUUGUUGAAGGAGCCCUGUGUGGUAGAAGGGCAGAUCUUUACAUAACCCCUUCUUUGCAGUUUCCAUCUGUAGAUUUAUAUAAGCUUCGUAGAGGACAGCUUCUGCCCGCUGUGUUGAACAGCUGUGAAAGUUGAAGCAUAGAGGAGUGAAAUAUUAUGGCCUGCUCUCUUCUUGCUUCUCAGACCACUUUAUAUUCUUACUCUGCAACUACAAUAGAAGUUUCUCUCCAUUUUAAUGACCUCACUAAGAAGCAUUUUUAAAGGUGCCUCUGUCAUACUAAGUGCUUGUGCACAACUGGACCCUUCAGGCAGGAGCUCUCAACUCCUAAUAGUGCUUUAGGGACAGGGGUGCUUAGAGCAGCAGGGCUUAAGUUUGUUAGCUGUGGAGAGCUGAUCGUGUAGGGACCGUCUGCUGAUGGGGUAAAGCAAGGAGUUGUCAUGAAGCUUGUGGGCUCUGGACUGUAACCUCAGGAAAUGGUCUGCUCUCAUGGUGCUGAGAUGUACAGACACCCAUCCCAGUGGGCAGUCACCAUUGCUUCUGGGAAAUUAGUUGGUAUGAACCCUUGGGUUCUCAUCAGUCUCACAGUCCUUUCCUAAUGAGGAUGAGUCUUGUUGGGGCUAUUAACUAGAUCAUAGUAUAUCGAUUUGUGCUACUUCCAGGUUUUUGUUUUCCAAAACGUAAAGCCACUCUUUCCGAUCACCAGAACAAGUAAGGAUUCUCCCAUCUCUCCUUUCAGGUGAAGUAGUAGCAGUUGCUACUCUUGUCUCCUCCCCUUGGAGACUGGCUGAACUGGGGAGAUGGAGAUGUCCCUACGGGUGGGGUGAACAGUUUGUUUAAUCUGUAUUCUGGGAUACUUUCCGCCUAGCCCUGUCGCUACCUGAUUUUAAUCUUGCACUUCAAAAUUAGUGGAACUAGCAGGAAGAGGGACCAUAGUGGAGCAGGACUCUGCAGAGCACUUUCCAGAAGUGUACAGUAGAAACGACAUUGUAGCAAUGUCCAUGAAGAGGCCUGUGUCUUGCAUAUCCUGUUCUUCCAUCCUGAACAAAGACUGCUCUUCCUCUGCUUAAGGCUGCGUAUUUUCUUGUCCUCCUCCCCACUGCACACACACCCCCACCCCGCCCCAAUUCUGUGGCUUCUCCCCCACCAUGGACAAAAAUAGUAAUGAGCAACAGAUAGUAAUGCCCGAGUUUUCAGUCAUGGCUGGCACAACCGGGCAUAUGUACAGCUGCGCACAGGAGGGGCUCUCCUGCUGCGUGUGCUUUGACAAAAACAGACAGAGUCCUACCACAGCUUGUGCCUGCCAUGGCCGCACUCAGCGUUGUCUGGCUUUGAUGGGGCAGAUGUUCUCCAUAGAAUAGUUCUCUUGGUAAAUGUGCUGGGUUUAUGUGUGUGUGGAGGGGGUUUUGGGAGCGGGGGAGGGGGCUACAGCAGUGGCCCCUGUGAGAAGCUUCUUGAAAGCUCCCCUGGCUCCAGGUUGGACCUGCCUCUGGCCAAGGCUGAGCCAGUUAAUGAUGGUGGCUGUGCCUCUGAUAACAUAUUUAAGAAAGGGAACUUGAGAGGGGGUUGAGACUUGGGAGGGUCUAUGAGAAGGACAUUGACUGCACACUGAGGUCAGUGGAAGAAAGGUGGUGGUGGGGAAGUGUCCCAGAGCAGAGACCCCCCCUGCAGCCUGUGGUGAGAGGUCAGGCUGUGCCCCUGUGCCCGUGGAGGUCACCAGUGGAGCAGGGUCACCCUGCGGCCUGUGGAGGACACCACGCUGGAGCAGGGGGCUGUGUCUGGAGAAAGCCAGGACUCUGGCAAGAAGAAGAGCCCGCUGUUUAGCUUUGGGUUGACACAGGCUGAGGGAUAUGGUGUAGUUGAGAACUGUCAAUGUUAGGUCAGUGGUUGGACUAGGUGGUCUUAAAGGUCUUUUUCAACCUAGAUGAUUCUGUGAUGUGGGGGUGACCCACACCAGAGUAGCAUGGGAAUGGCUUCAUCCUGCGGGAAGGAUUCAUGACAGAGUUUGUGGAGGUCUCCUGUGAGAGGGGAACCCCAUGGAGGAGGGGCAGCAUGCAGCAGAGUGCUUUGGACUGACAGCCAACCCCACCCCUUGCCCCCGCCCUGCUUGGGGGAGGAGGUAGAAAUAUCAGGAACAAACCUGAGCCUGGGAAGAAGGGAGGGGUGGGGUUAAGUUUUUUUUAAGAUGUGGUAAUGCUUCUCACUGUCUCAUUCUGUCAGUGUUUUGAAUUAAAGUGAUCUUUUUUCUUCCCCCUAGAGUCUGUCUUUUGCUUGUGACAGUUAAUGGCUGAGCUACCCCUCUCUGUCCUUAUCUGGAUUCCUGAGCCUUUCGCUUCUUUUUCGCCUUCCCAGUGCUAUGGGGGAAGGGGGGAGUGAAUGGCUGCGUGGUGCUCAGUUGCCCUCUGGGCUCAAACCACGACAGUCCACUGCUGGGACCCCAGGGGAGCCUGAAGCAUUUUAUUUGAGAGCUGGGCCAGGCUGAGCUAACUCAGUAGCUGGGUCUUACAGGUUAUUGCAAUGUAUAUUGUAAUUCCUUCUUGAGGCCUAACAGGAAAACAGGAUUGUCUACACUCGUAACAGAAAACAGCUCAAUGCUGUCUGUCCAUGCCAAAUAUAAACCUUUAUUAGCAACAGAAGCGCCAGGGGGCUACAAAUGGUUGUGUGACUGAAAGUGCUUUAUGUAAAACAAACUUUGACAUACAGGUCAAAUGACUUCCCAGGAAGGAAGGUCAAAUUGAUCCACUGUUGCGCAGUUAAUUGUUGAGAAGGAACAGGAAAGCAUUAAUGGAGGAGAGAUGACAUUUUCCUAAGAACCAUCUUUAAAAGAAAAUGGGACAAAACCAGUGUAAAUGUUGGACAGGGCAACCUGUGCAACCGAGCCCUCUUAUUGGCCUGAGGAUGACAUAGCUGUGUGCUGUGCAGACCUGGGCGUGCUGCGCUGUUGAAAACAGAGGUGAGAGGAUACAGACACCACAGAUCAUCCGUUCCCCAAAACUCUUCAGCUCUUUAAACCAUUUGAGAGGAAAAAUAUUAAUGUUUGAGAGUUUCCCCUGACAAUUUUACAUUGUUUACAGCACGUAAUAACUUGCAGAUGCAUUUUGCUCCUGUGCCCCUUGUGCACAAAAUAAAAUGAAAACUACAGAAGAAUUAAUUGGAACUUCAGUACUGUUCUUGGCCAAAACAUAACUUUCCUUCUUUUUUCAUGCCCUGAACCCCAGAGUGACAAUUAAUAGGCUGGCUACAGUCAAUACUUCCUGAAGUCAAUCCUUCAGGCUACUUCCACUGGCAACAAUUUUCUGUGAAGUACACGUCUACUCAGAGAGGAGUCACGUAGGCUCUGUCUCUGGUCUAAUGGAGUUACAUUACACUUCCACUGUAACUCGGUGCUCGUUCCUGCCAGCCAACACAAGCUACAGACUUGAAAUUAGAAGUUGUUCCUUCCCACGCAGCAGAAAAUGUUGUUUGCUGCAUCCUACUCUGCAGCAGAUUGGUGUACCCACUGGUGCCAGGAAGCUUUUCGAUGUCAGGAUUUGCAAGACAUGUUUGUAUGUGCCAGUGCCAGCACACAGCAAGUGAGGAGUCCCACAGCAUUCUCAGACACUGCCGGUAUUUGCAGAUAAAUGAUUCAUGGCUUUGGUUGUGAUGCUCAAUUUACUAGCAAGAAAAUAAAGGGGAGGGGGUUGCUUUAUUUUCCUGAGACAUAAUAAACCCACUGGCCACCCUUGGCCUCAUUUUUUUGAUCUCCCUGCUGAAUGUAGUUAUUUCUGUAACUCUUCAGGUAUAUCCUGGCAUUUGCCAGUGGAGUCUCUUGAAAGGAGGACUGACUGCAAACCUGUAGGUGACUCAGUGGAUUUCAGUUCUGUAACUCGCCUGCUGGUAGUGAAAGAAGGAGCAGGCCUCUGGGAAUAUGGAUGGCUGGAGCUCCCAUUUCAUUUUAAAUCAUGUGACCCCAAGCUCCUGGAAAUGGUCCUGAUUAUGGCUUCGGCAGAGUGCUUGUUCUUGGGAGAGGUUUCUCUCUU